CAUGCUGUGGAUGGGAUCCAGUCCGGCGGCGGCUUGGCUCGCUGCUGGCGGCCGCUCUCGCCCUCGCUCUCCCGGUCAGGCAUGAUGGUGUGAGGCCUGCUGCACGAGGACAAACCAUGAUGGAGGAGGCUGCUAGUCAGCUGGAGAGAGCGCACGUGCACAGCGUCUAUGACAAGAUCGCUCCGUAUUUCAACGACAGCCGCUACAAAGCCUGGCCCAAAGUACGGCAGUUUCUGCUGGACCUGGAGCCGGGGAGCAUCGUCGCUGACAUCGGGUGUGGCAAUGGCAAGUAUCUGCACAUCAACAAGGAGGUGUUCAAGCUGGGCUGCGACGUCUGUCGCCCCCUGGUGGACUUCGCCUGGAGCCAAGGACACGAGGUCCAGAUGUGUGACGGACUGCGGUUGCCUUACAGGGACGGCUGCUUCGACGCCGUGCUUUCCAUCGCAGUCAUCCAUCACUUGUCCACCAAAGAGCGGCGGAUCCGAGCAAUAAGGGAGAUGGCCCGCACCCUGCGCGUUGGCGGACGCCUCAUGAUCUACGUGUGGGCCAUGGAGCAGAAGCGCCGCAAGUUUGAGAAGCAGGACAUCUUCGUUCCCUGGAACCCGAACCCUCAGUCCACCUCGGAGCACGGUAAGACCAGGAGGAGAGCCGCGGCGCAGAGCGUGAGCGAAGCCCUGGACAACAGUGACAAGCACCGGAAGGUUAGAAGCACAUCGUCCGUCGCCGAUGACGAAGACCUGACCUGCAGCAUGCCACAGCAGAGGACGCAGAGACUCUGGUUCUUCUCCAGGUCUCUGGACUCCGUGUUCGACUUUGGCAACUUGACCAUCUCGCGCUCGUCCUCCAGAGACAUGAGCACUUUGUCGUCGCCCACCGGCGAAAGCGAGGGGAGCAAGUCGAGCCAGGGCGGGAGAGGACGGGGACUCAUCAAGCAGGUGUCCAGCUUCUUCUCUCCUCCGUCUGUGAUCGGCUCAGAGGAGGACGUCUUCGACGCGGUCACGGAUCUGCACAGGGGACAAAACUACGGUAGAGGAGGCGGCGACAACAACAAUGGCACGGAAAGCCAGGCCGUCUCGGUGUCUUUGGCCCAGGAGUGUGGCUCCCUGGCUCUGCCGGACCUGGUGCCUUUCCAGAAGGAGCACCUGAAGCAGUCGGGAGGUGAAAGUGAAGGAAGAGAGCAGCAGCAGCAGCAGGAAAGCACAAAGAGUCCUCAGGGGGACGAGAGGCAGGUGGACGCUUCCUGCCUGAGGUACUACCACGUCUUCAGGGAGGGAGAACUGGCAGAGCUGAUAGAGAAUCACGUGGACGAGCUUCAUGUCACACACACCUACUUCGAUCACGCCAACUGGUGCGUGGUGGCAGAGAAAGUCCAGUUGUGGAAAAUAUGACAUUUUUCCCUUUUUUUUGUUCAUAACCUUUUAUUUAUUUAUUUAUUUAUUUACUUUUUAGACUUUGCAUCAACUCUGCCUCGAGUUUAACCUUUUUUUUGUUACUGAAAAAAGAAAAGGUGGAGACGUAGCCACUUUUUAACACUAAAGUAAACCAUUCCAGCGAGGUUGUAUAUGAGGUAUUUGCAUGGUCGCCGUCAGUGACAGAAGAGAAAAAACUGGUUUUAGGCGUUAAAUCAAAGGCUCAUCUUAACGUAAAAAUUUAUUAAGAUAAACAUUUGCUGCCUUUUCCUGCUGGAAAUG